AUGUAUCACUUGUGUAAAUCGAUUUACAUGCAAGCGACUAGCAAGCAGGAAUACUCCAUUCUCCUGCUCGGCUUAGACAAUGCUGGCAAGACGACACUCCUCGAACAGAUCAAGAGCAUCUACAGUAAAGACCAUCACCCCAACCUGCGAACCGUUCCCACCGUCGGCCAAAAUGUCAGUGUAAUUGAUCUACCAGAACUCUACCUCCGGAUCUGGGAUGUCGGUGGACAACACUCUCUUCGUGGCCUAUGGCAAUCCUACUACAGCAGCUGCCACGCCAUUGUCUUCGUAAUCGACAGUUCCGACGUCGGCGAUGGCGAUAUCGAAAGUCUGAGCAAGAGGGGAGAUGACGACGACGAAGGUCGACUUGGCGAAUGCAAAUUGGUCCUGGAGGAUGUUCUACAGAACGAGGAUACCGAGGGUGUCCCUGUGCUCGUUCUUGCCAAUAAACAGGAUCGCGAAGAUUGUGUCGAGGUUGUACGCAUAAAGGAGGGCCUGGUGCGCAGAGUCUUCGAGGGAGAAAAGGGUCAGAAUGUUCGUGACAGCAGAGUCUUGCCGCUCAGCGCGCUCACUGGUACCGGUGUCAAAGAAGCGGUUGAAUGGAUCUGCAGCCGCGUGAAGUGGAACAAAGAAUCUCGCCCGCCGGUCAUGCGAUGAGUCCG